AUGCUGCCCCUGGUGCCGAUAAAUCCAUUUAAUGUUGCCAGCAAAGCAAAUCCGGCGGCUGCAGUGGUAACAUCGAACAUAAAUCCCAUAAAAUCCACAACAGCAGCAACAACAACAACAACCACCGUGGCAGUGACAAUGCACAGCAAACCCAAGCUGGCAUUUACCAUAGACGCUUUGGUGGGUGGGGAGCAACGAAAAACAACGGAUGCACCAAGGUCAACAUCACCCAACAACUCCUAUCAACCCCGGCUAAGGAUUAUUGGGGCACCAAGGCUUACCAGCAACUCACCAACAAAUCAAAAUUUAAAUUCCCACGAAAACCUGGAACCUUUAGAACUACGGAGUAACCGAUUAAAUAACACAUCACCAACCCCACUUCUUCAAAAUCCUCGUUCAACAGCUGUGAUAAAACGCCCUCAAUCCGAUGCCGAAACCAACGACAUUAAUGUAUCCUCACCCAUACGUGAUUGCACUUCGCGUGAUGAACACACACAAUCACCCACACCAUUGGAUAAUCAUGCCGCAAGUAGUCGUUCCACAACACCCUUACAUUCACCACCACCACCUCCCACGACUGCUGCAGGCGCUGCUACCGCCACCUCACCAACGGAACAAAGACUUUUCAAAAGCCUACCCACAUUGCCACCAGGUUUAGUAAGACCAUUUCCUUUACCGGCACCAGGUACUUUACCCCUAAUACGGCCACCAGAUGGUGCUCAACCAUCCAUAUUGGGUCAUUCACCUACAAAUCCUCUAUUGCCACCCUCACCCACCGGUCCAACGCCAACAUCAAAUCCUCAUCUAUUGGCGGCACAAUUUCAAAUGGCCGCCGUUUUGGCUCAUCACCAACAACAGCAGCAGCAACAACAGCAUCAUCCGCCAACACACCUGCCUCCACAUCUAAUGCACGGUCAUCAUUUGGGAUUAUUUCCACCGGGACCACAUCAUCCGCCAUUUGGUAAUCCACAUUUAAUAAGGGACACCUAUCCGUUGUACCCGUGGUUGUUGUCGCGUCAUGGGCGUAUUUUUUCGCAUCGAUUUCCGGGUUUCCUGCUACAGCCAUUCCGCAAGCCAAAACGUGUACGUACAGCAUUUUCACCCACACAACUGCUUAAGCUGGAACAUGCUUUCGAAGAGAAUCACUAUGUUGUGGGAGCCGAACGUAAACAAUUGGCUCAGAAUUUAAGUCUGACUGAAACUCAGGUGAAAGUUUGGUUCCAAAAUCGCCGCACCAAACACAAACGCAUGCAACAGGAGGGCGACAGCGAUACCAAAAGUCAAAAAGGCAGUCAAUCGGGCGAUAAUGAUGGCAGUAAAAAUGACGGCUCCCAAACAAGCUUCGAAGAUCAAGAUGAUCUUGAUAUGGCCGAUGGUGAUGACAUUGACGAAGACGAGGAUGAAGUUAUCGACAUGGAUGAUUAUGAUGAUGCCGCCGCCGCAGCUGCCGAACAUGAACUAAUGGAUGUCGAAGAAAGAAAGCGCAUGAUGAAUGAACAUUUUCAGGAAAUGCAACAGCGCCACUUUGCCGCUGCUGCAGCGCAGCAUCAUGGUCAGAUGUUUCAACAGCAGCAGCAGAGUCAACAGCAUCAGCAAUUUUUACAUCAACAUUUUUUGCAACAGCAUCAACAACAACAACAGCAAUUAUAUGCUCAAAGUGAGCACCAAAGACAACAGGCAUUACAACAACAGCAGCAACAACAACAUAAUCCACAAGGUUCUGCUCCAUCAUCGCAAUCCUCUCAACAGCAGCAGCAACAACAACAUUCUCCUCAUAAACAUUAG